UCGAGACGUUUUGUUUCCUCUGCACCAAAAGAAAAAAGGUGACUGGUGUUCUGUAUUGCUUGCUUGCUUGUGUUCGUUCUCUCUUGGAUGAUAUGGAUCUUCAGUUGGGACUUGCACUUUCCAGCAUUCCUGAUAAAGGGUUCGAUUUAAAUUUCUCUGAAAUUGAGGCAAGCCCAGUAAAGAAUGAGGAAUGCAACAUCAAGAAACGGAAUUCUGUUGAAGCCUUUGAGGAGAAAAAUGCUGAUGAUCACGUGCCUCAAACUUUGGCUUUGCUGGUAUGGGAUGAGCAGUCUAACCAGGGAGAUGAUGUGGAUGAGCCUGAGAUUAGUUCUGUCACGACUAACAAUGCUGAUCGUGGGUUUGUGGGGUGGCCUCCAAUUAAUUCGUGGAGGAAGAAGAUUUGCCAGCAGAACCGCCCUGGUGGUUUUGUAAACUGUGUAACGGUGGAGAAUGGUGGUGGUCACGCUGGAGGUGGUGUCAGGGGAAGAAACUCCAUGUACGUGAAGGUGAAAAUGGAAGGCGUGGGAAUAGCUAGAAAGGUGGACUUGAAUCUCUAUCAUUCUUAUCAGACACUCCUUCAAACCUUGGUUGGCAUGUUUGGUAAAUGUCAGCAAAGUGUGCAAUCUUACCAGCUCAUUUUUCAAGACAAGGAAGGUGAUUGGCUACUAGCUGAAGAUGUCAACUGGGGAAAUUUCAUUACUUCAGUGCAACGUCUGAAAUUGCUGAGGAAAAGGGACUGAAAUGAAAUUAGGUGGAAUAGGCAUCUUUUGGUGGUUUACGACUCGUUGCCUAACAGUGACAGAUCGUCAUCUGGCAAAUGUUUUUGCUUCUUAAAGAAAUCCAAAUAGAUGGAAUGUGUAGAAGAUAUUUGGUUUUUAGAUUCUUUAGAUGUUCUUGUAGACAUGUUGCUCUUA